GUUCGGCGGGUAAUUUCCAAACCGAGCGCCUUCCUCCAGCUCCUUCGGCACCAACACGUGUGCGUGGGAAGGGAGGGGCGGAAAGGCGCCUCCGUCUUCCCAACAGCGGGGUUUUUGUAGGGACCGGUUUGCCUGCCGGUUCGUGGCGACCCGUUGCAGGGAAGAAGAAGCGGUGGGAGAACCUCGGCCGGGUCUUCUUCUGAUGCCAAUUUGCAAGCAGUAGCCGGUCGCCCUGCGCUGGGGGAAAACGGCUGGGCAGCAGCAUCAAAAAACAAAAACAUGGAGGCUUAAGUAGGAGGCUUUGGACAGAAAAGAGCGAUUCCGCGGCUAGGAAGCAGCAAGAAAGCAAGAAGCUGUCCAGACUUGAUUUAUGGCAGAUCUUCAAAGGCAGAGACAUCUGUAGUUAAUUUAAGAUGGCUUUUCGAAAGGCAGUGAAAGGAUGUAUUCUUAUUGGAGGAGGUGCUGUGGUAACCGUGUUUGGCCUUUCACAAUUUUCUCAGUAUAGAAAAAAACAUGGUCAUCUUGCUUCUGUUGAAGCUUCAGAAUGUAGGAUCCUGAAAAUGCAAAGCCACCUUCCUACCAGAGUGAGUCAGCUCCAGGCUUUGCAAGAGACCAGUGAAUUUGACGUCUUGGUAAUAGGUGGAGGUGCCACAGGAUGUGGCUGUGCCUUGGAUGCUGUUACAAGAGGCCUAAAAACAGCCCUUGUAGAAAGAGAUGAUUUCUCAUCGGGGACCAGCAGCAGAAGCACUAAAUUGAUCCAUGGCGGAGUGAGAUAUCUUCAGACGGCCAUCAUGAAGUUGGAUUUUGAACAGUACAAAAUGGUGAAAGAAGCCCUUCACGAACGUGCCAAUUUGCUGGAGAUUGCACCUCAUUUAUCUGCUCCUCUCCCGAUAAUGCUACCUGUUUACAGAUGGUGGCAGCUGCCUUACUAUUGGGUAGGAAUUAAAAUGUAUGACCUUGUAGCUGGAAGCCAGUGUCUGAAAAGCAGCUAUGUGCUAAGCAAAUCAAAGGCCCUGGAACUCUUUCCUAUGCUGCGGAAGGACAAACUUGUAGGUGCCAUUGUCUACUAUGAUGGACAACACAACGACGCACGAAUGAACCUUGCCAUUGCUCUCACUGCUGCCAGGUAUGGUGCUGCCACAGCCAAUUACACUGAAGUGGUGCGCUUGCUGAAGAAGACAGAUCCAAAGAGCGGGAAGGUCCGUGUCUGUGGAGCAAGGUGCAGGGAUGUUCUCACAGGGCAGGAAUUUGAUGUCAAAGCCAAAGGUGUUAUCAAUGCUACAGGACCUUUCACAGACUCUGUGCGGAAAAUGGAUGAGCAGGAAGUAGCAAACAUCUGUCAGCCGAGCGCAGGCGUUCACAUUGUGAUGCCUGGAUAUUACAGCCCUGAUAAUAUGGGACUUCUUGAUCCAGCAACUAGUGAUGGCCGAGUGAUUUUCUUCUUGCCAUGGCAAAAGAUGACCAUUGCUGGCACCACGGAUACGGCCACUGAAGUCACGCAUCACCCGAUUCCUACAGAAGAAGAUAUCAACUUCAUCUUGUCAGAAGUGCGCAACUAUCUGAGCUGUGAUGUUGAAGUGAGGAGAGGUGACGUCCUGGCAGCAUGGAGUGGCAUCCGUCCCCUUGUGACAGACCCGGGUUCUAAAGACACCCAGUCCAUAUCUCGGAAUCACGUAGUCCAUGUUAGUGACAACGGCCUUGUGACUAUAGCAGGUGGGAAAUGGACAACGUAUCGCUCAAUGGCACAGGAUGCCGUUGAUGCUGUUGUAAAAGCUCAUAACCUUCCUGCCAAUCCUUGUAAGACGGUUGGACUCUUUCUUCAGGGGGCUGAUGGCUGGAGCCCUACCCUUUAUAUUCGACUGGUUCAGGAUUAUGGACUUGAAAAUGAGGUGGCUCAGCAUCUUGCGGCUACGUAUGGAGACAAGGCUUUUGAAGUUGCCAAGUUAGCCCAGGUUACUGGCAAGAGGUGGCCGAUUGUUGGAAAACGGCUGGUAUCAGAGUUUCCUUACAUUGAGUCUGAGGUUGAAUAUGCGAUCCAGGAGUAUGCCUGCACAGCAGUGGAUAUGAUUGCUCGUCGCACACGCUUAGCCUUUCUGAAUGUGCAAGCAGCCGAGGAAGCCUUACCAAGAAUAAUUGAGAUCAUGGGAAAGAGGCUGAAAUGGAGCGAACAGAAGAAAAAGGAAGAGCUCGCAGAAGCUAAGAAGUUCCUUUACUAUGAAAUGGGCUACAAGGUACGGUCAGAGCAAUUGACGGAUCAUAGUGAAAUCACUCUGACCCCAACAGAUAUUGAAAGAUACAAGAAGAGGUUUCACAUGUUUGACAAGGAGGCCAAAGGUUUUAUUACUGUGUUGGACGUACAGCGUGUGUUAGAGAGCAUCAACGUUAAAAUUAAUGAAAGUGCACUCCAUGAGAUUUUGACUGAAGUAGAUUUGAACAAAAAUGGACAGGUCGAACUCAAUGAGUUUUUGCAGCUCAUGAAUGCUAUUCAGAAAGGAUAUGUCUCUGGAAGCCGGCUUGCUGUACUCAUGAAAACAGCUGAAGAGAACAUUUGUCAGCGUAAUGUAAUUUCAGUGGAUCGGAGUGGUGGUGGACUGUGAGUUUUGAGUGCCGCAGAAUGGUGGAUACCAUGAAACUGCCUCUGUCGAUGCUGGAAAACAUUCCACUGUUUUCAGAUGUCUCUUUUCCUCAGAUUUGUCUGUCAUUGAGAUGUUACAGGAAAAGCCUUGGUUCUCCCCCCCUCUUAAGUUUCCUCUGAAUGUAUUACUGCUCUCAUACAGGCCCUACUGAACUGGUUGUACUCUUCUGUUUUCUUGGUGGGCCAGAAUUUGAAAUACAGCACGGAAGAAAGGUAGUGAAUUUUCAGAUGGGUGCUUGUUUUCCAGGCUAAUCCAAACAGAACUUCAUUGUCUUGUGGCUGCAUUCUGGAGCCGCGACAGGAGAUCCAGGUGAAAACCUGGCAUGAAUUUUGCUUUGCAAAAAUUGCUUUUUGCUCUUUGCACAAGAGCAAGAGUGAUGUCUCUUUAUACAGCUUCAAGCUGGUCCACACUGCUCUUGUUGCAUCUUGCUGCAUUUAUUUUUUAGAAGGGGAAGAUGCCAGCAUGCCUCUAGUGUCUUAUACAUGGCCCUGUUUGUUAAAUCUCUGGAUUCUCCCUCCCCCCUCACUUUUCUCGGAGAAGCACAUGGUGUAAAAGAUUCACAUUUUGCCUAAAACUUUUGGGACUGGUGGUAUUUUUCAUAGUUUACAAGGUUCUUAAGAAAAAAACAUGUGUGUCGUAGGAAAGCUAACGAUUUGUCAGCAGAGAGUUAUAAUAAUGUCAAAUCUAGGGUUUAUUGAUGAGCACUAUCCAAAAAACAGGUGAAUACCCUGCUAAGGAAUCACAGUGGCAUUUAAUCGUGCUUGGAUGAGAGGACAUAGAGGUCAUAAUUCAGUUAAAGUGGAACAUGGUGAAUGAAAUUGGUGGGAUUUAGCUGCACAUUUAGGUGAUUUUGUCCCACUCAGCAGCUAUGAUUUACAUAUGGAUUUCCAAAAAGCACACUAAGAGACUACAAUUCUUGAAACACAUAUUAAGAAUAACUAAAGAGUCCAUGCUCCGCCAUGUAACAACAACAACAACAACAAAAACCUGACAAGAAGGCUGGAAGUUCAAUCGCUGUUCUUUUCCCUGUGUAACAAGUGCUAAAAUUUGUUUGUGCAUGUUGGAGUGUGUUCCUGUUCCUAUGCCAUUUGUGUAUAAGUUGUGACAAAUGCUUCUGUACUGAUUGAUUGAUUGUUUUAUACAUCUUGCACAAACUGAGCAAAAUGGAAAACUAGUGUCACACUCCAGGGUUUGGUUAAGAAAAUAAAAAGCACCGAGCUAGACACUGCUGAAUAAAUACUAAGGUGGCUUGUCCUAUUUUGAUUCUUUUCUUCAAACACAGGCUUAUCUUUUGCACCUCUGUCUUUUAAGCUGGAUGACAUCACCAAGCUCAAACAGAAGCUUUGGUCCUGAGGUUUGGACAAUAAAAUGAUGAUUUAAAACAAAGGGGAAAUAUUUCAUGUUAGUGGUGAAUCUCUUUGCUUCAAAGGGCUUUUAUAUCCACAUUACAGUUUUUAAUUUAAGGGGAUGUUCUUGCAAGCCUGCUGAGGGGGAAAAAUGCACUGUAGGGACGAUUGGCACUUGCAGGUUGAAAUCUUUCCCAUAUGCAAAGGAGAAAUUAUAAGAACCCACCCUUAGAAGCAUUUGGAGAUGGUGGACUAAAUAGUGUUUACGCACGGAAACGUCUGAAUUAAAAUAUAUUAAGGGCAGGAACAGGCUGUCUUUUUCAAUAUGAUUUUCCAAAAAUAUUUUUCCUCAUAGAAAUAGCUUGUAUACAGUACUUAGGACACACAUGAGGAAUCUGUAUACAAGAUAUUAGACUUCGGGCUACAUUGCACAUGGAAUCCAACUGUAAGUAAAAACGAUAGAAGAGAAUGUCUAAAAAGCUUCAAGCAUAGUCUCUUGUUAACUUGGGCCUUGUUGCAGAUUGACAAGAAAUAGAAUGCAAACUUGACUAGUUGUGAUCUCCUUGUAAGCAUGAGGGACUGUGUUCCCAUGGUUCUGUUGACUACUGCUCAGUGUGACUAGCAUUUCUCAGUUUUCAUCUCCAUGAAUUUGUUUAUCUCAGUUGAUUUUUCUCCUUCGCACACAAGGAGCAAUCUGACAACCAGUUUUGUUACAUCAUCAAGAACUGAAUGACCGUUAUGUUCAAAUGAGAAAAAACUGCCAAUAUUUUAUACACACCUUACUCCAAUAAAGUGGCAUUUUAGCUCCUACCUUAUACCUCUUUAGAAAAAAGAUUAGACCUGGGAUCCAGAAGUUUCUUUGUGCCUCAUCUGUACCUCAGGAUUUAGCAAGCUAUUUCUCUUUCAUCAAUGUUAGCCAGGAAGACAGGGAGAAUAAUAAGCAUACAGUAUCCGAAGAAGAAAUUAAUACUUUGUAUUUUUAUUUUCACAGUUUAAAACUAUCCAGAGUGGUAUAUAUUCAUUCACAAUUUUCAACAGUGUCUAGUGAUGCUUAUCUCCAAGCUAGUCAAUCCUUGCUCUUUUUCCCCUUUUGCUGGCAAUUUAUUCUACUGAGAGCUUGGAUUUUUGUCAUGGUUUCUAUGAAUGCUGUCCAUUUUCUGGUUUGGUUAUUUUGUAUUUAAGCUGAACUUUUCCUUGGGUUUCUUUCGUUAUGAUAAAAUGGGUGUUCUACUUUGUACAAGAAGUAAAGGAACCUAUAUGCAUCGUUUUAUGCCUGCUUAAUUCAGCAAAAUGAAAAACUGAGAAUGAAUUGAUUAAACAACAUCCCCCAUUUUUACCAUUUUGGAAGAUUGACAUUUUUGAAUGUAUGGUAAAUAUAAUGCACUUACAACAUUUUACUCUUUGCAUUGUUUUAAUUAUAUGGACUACUACUGUGUUUUUUUUUAAACAGGUGUUUCGAUGUGUAUGUAUGCAUGCACAUUCAUACGUAUGUAGAGAACUUGCAUGUUUUCACAUUUGCUAUUUUCAUAUAUUGUGUUAGGUUAUUGUUCUUGGCUGUUAAAUACUGUGUUUGAGGCUGGGUUGUCAUUUUUAUAUCUAUCUUGGUGUUUUAUUGCCAUUAUUUAUUACUUUUGAUAUACAGAAUGAGCUGCAUGCAUUUAUAGAGCAAUAAGAGGAUGUAUUUAAUGUGCCUUGUUUUUAACUGAAUAAGAACUAAAAGCGUGAAUCAAUAAAACUGAUUAAAAUGGUCCACUCGCUGGCAUUUUGAUGUUACCAGCAGUUACAGAAAUAAA